UAUGACCCAGCAUUCGCUCAGCGUACAGGGAGAGAGAGAGAGAGAGACUCGGAUCGGGAUCGAGAGAGAGGGAAGAAGGGAGAGAGGGAGAGAGAGAAGCUAAACAGGUGGUCUGAAAACACGCAGAAAACAAUGUCGUCCGGCGGGGAGAAGCGGAAAGACCUCUAGUCCUCGCUUGCAAUAAAGGAAUACCGGGACCGCCGCGGAGACGAACGAACGGAAAAACACAUGCUCCUUUUUUACUCUCCUCCUCCUCCGCCUCCUCUUCUCGGUUUUUCACUCCGAAUCCGGCCGAGACCUCGGACACUAAAACCAUGAAAGUCACGGUGUGCUUCGGCAGGACCCGGGUGGUGGUGCCGUGCGGGAGUGGAAAUAUUAAAGUCCACAGUCUCAUCCAGCAGGCUGUCAUGAGAUACAAGAAGGCUAUCGCCAAGGAUUCCAGUUACUGGCUGCAGGUCCAUCGGGUGGAGCACGGCGACGGCGGCAUCCUCGACCUGGACGACGUUCUCUGCGAUGUGGCCGACGACAAAGACAGGUUGAUCGCGGUGUAUGACGAACAGGAGCCCCAUCAUGGAGGCGACGGCACCAGCGCCAGCUCCACCGGGACCCAGAGCCCCGACCUGUUCGCCGCAGACCUCAACGCCGGCAGCGGAGCCUCGGCCUUCCACCCCUACCAGGUCGCCAGUGAAAUCGAGGUCACGCCCUCCGCCAUGCGCACCAAUAUGCCCCUCCACGUCCGGCGCAGCAGCGACCCCGCCCUGCUGACCAUCAACGGGCCGUUCGGCGAGCCGCGGGUCCAAACGGAAGAGCCGCCGUCCAGGAAGAACCCGACCCGCUGGUCCACCACCGCUGGCUUCCUGAAAGCUCGCCACGCCUCCGGCACCAACAGCCUCGAGAGGAAGAGUAAAGCUAUGGACACGUACCGCAGUCUGCCGCGGGACGCGGGGACGCGGGCCAAUCAGGGCGAGUUCCAGAGAGAGACGGCCCGCUCGUCACUCAGCGCCAAUCACCCCAUGGUGGACCGCUGGCUGGAGAGACAGGAACAGGAGGACGAGGCCGGAGAGGACGAAAACGGCAGGAUUGAGCCGGUGGGCCGGGCCGACUCCUGCAUGGACCACACCCCCGUGAGGUCGCUGGAAGACAUAGUCAAACUGGUGGAGGUGUCAAACGACGGUGGGCCGCUGGGAAUCCACGUGGUGCCUUUCAGUGGCAGAGACCGCAGGACUCUUGGCUUGUUGGUCAAGCGUCUGGAGAAGGGAGGCAAGGCGGAGCAGCAGGGCCUCUUCCGGGAGAACGACUGCAUCGUCCGUAUCAAUAACGGGGACCUGCGAAACAUCCGCUUCGAACAAGCCCAGAACAUGUUCCGCCAGGCCAUGCGCACCCCGGUCAUCAUGUUCCACGUGGUGCCGUCGUCGGUGAAGGCCCACUACGAGCAGAUGUCCCACGUUGAGAGGAACCCGGUGUACGCCUCGGGCCGCUUCAGCCCCGACUCCCUGACCGGCAGCGCGGUCUCCGGCGGGGACCACGCGCCCCCCAGGAUGUCCCGACACGGGUCCCAGACCCACCCGCAUUCCCAUCCGCAGUCCCACGCUCACCCGGACCACUCCGACGGCUACCCUCCUCUGCCUCACCCGGCCGUCUCCGCAGCCAAGCCGCCGACGGGACACACCCCCUCGCCUCAGAGGGCGCAGAACUCCACGCCGACGGGAGGCUACAGCAAAAAAGUUGGGAGGAGGCUCAACAUCCAGCUGAAGAAAGGUCCCGAGGGUCUCGGCUUCAGCAUAACGUCCCGGGACGUUCCCAUCGGCGGCUCGGCGCCCAUCUACGUGAAGAACAUUCUGCCUCGGGGAGCCGCCAUCCAAGACGGCCGCCUCAAGGCGGGGGACAGGCUGCUGGAGGUGAACGGCGUGGACCUGAACGGGCGGACCCAGGAGGAGGUGGUGUCUCUGCUCAGGGCCACGCCCAUGGGCGGAGUCGUGGGCCUGCUGGUCCUCCGGCAGGAGGACACUUUCCUCCCCAGAGACGAGAAUGCUGAGCCCCAGAUGCAAAGCCCCAGAGAUGUGCAUCCGAGGCAGCCCGUGACAGCGGCGAAACCCCAUUGGCUGAUUGAGAAGACAGAGGAGGACGAGUUGGUCCUGACUCCAGACGGGACCAGGGAGUUCCUGACCUUUGAGAUCCCCCUCAGUGACUCGGGCUCGGCCGGGCUGGGGGUCAGCGUCAAAGGCAACCGCUCCAAGGAGAACCACGCUGACCUGGGCAUCUUCGUCAAAUCCAUCAUCAACGGCGGGGCGGCCUGCAAGGACGGGCGGCUGCGAGUGAACGACCAGUUGAUCGCCGUCAAUGGAGAGUCGCUAUUGGCCAAAACCAACCAGGACGCCAUGGAGACGCUGCGCAAGUCCAUGUCAACGGAGGGCAACAAACGGGGCACGAUCCAGCUCAUCGUGGCCAGACGAGUGUCCAAAAGAAACCAGGAGACACCGGGGAGUCCGCUGGGGGGCAGUCAGCAGACCAUGAACACCUCCCUGGACGACCACGAGCGCCGGAUCUCCCACUCCCUGUACGGUGGCCUGGAGGGCCUCGACGACAACCUGAUGCCACGGCACGGCAUGAUGCCGCGCACGAUAGGAAACUAUCAGCUCUCGCCGACCGUCAACAUGCCGCAGGACGACACGGUGAUCAUCGAGGACGACCGGCCGCCGCUGCUGCCGCCCCACCUCUCCGACCAGUCGUCGUCCAGCUCCCACGACGACGUGGGUUUCGCCGCCGACACGCCGCCGCUGCCGCCGCCACCGUGGGCCAAAGAGCCGCCCGCUCCGAGUGACAGCUCCGUGAAUCCAGAUGAAAGUGACCCGGACGGCUCUUUCCAAAGGGAAGGCUUCGGGCGCCAGAGCAUGUCGGAGAAACGCACCAAGCAGUUCGGGGACGCCUCGCAGCUCGACAUCCUCAAGACGCGCAAGUCCAAGAGCAUGGAUCUAGUAGCCGACGAGAUUAACCUCACCCCUCGACCCUCGACCAACGCAGGUUCUUCCACAAAGGACGUGGGUCCAUCGCUCGGCCUGAAGAAGUCCAGCUCGCUCGAGAGCCUCCAGACGGCCGUUGCGGAGGUGACCCUCAACGGGGACCUCCCCUUCCACAGGCCACGCCCUCGCAUCAUACGGGGGCGGGGCUGCAACGAGAGCUUCAGGGCGGCCAUCGACAAAUCCUACGACCGACCGGCCGCGACGGAAGAAGACGACGAGGGCAUGGAGACGCUGGAGGAGGACACGGAGGAGAGUUCCCGAUCGGGGAGGGACUCUGUGUCCACGGUGGCCGACCAGACGCCGCUGACCGCCGCCGCCGAAAAGCCCCUGGUCAACGGCACCAAUCGCACCAAAGAGGAGAAGAAGAAGGAGAAAGACAAGGGAGGGAAGGAGAAGGAGAAGGAGAAGAAGAAGCAGGAGGGAGGGAAGGAGAAAGACAAGGCGAAAGCCAAGAAGGGCAUGCUGAAGGGCCUCGGGGACAUGUUCCGGUUUGGGAAGCACCGCAAGGACGAGCGGCCGGGUGAAAAGAUGGACCGCAAAGGCUCCAGCAAGUGGAGGUCGGAGGAGACGCAGGUUUCAGAUGAGGAGACGAGGAAGAUGAGGAUGGAGCAGGAGAGGAUCCAGGCCAAGACCAGAGAGCUGAGGGAGCGCCAGGCCAGGGAGCGCGACUACGCCGAGAUCCUGGACGUCGGCCGCUCCCCGGAGAGGGCCUCCGAGGAGGAGCACCCGUACGCCGGCAUCAACCCCCUGAACAGCUCCGUGGACAGCGGGCACAGCCGGCCCCACAGCCCCCGAGACGAUUACCACCACCUCCACCCGCACCACCAGCACUCUGAUUCCCUCUACACCCAAGUCGGCAAGGCCCGCAACGAGCGGCCUCCGUCUGCAGACAGUAGCCGGCUAGCACCUAGCAACCACGACCGGAUACAGAUGCUGAGGCAGGAGUUCCAGCAGGCGCAGACCGUCCCGGACGACCCCGACGACCGCAGGAGGACCUACAGCUUCGAGCAGCCCUGGUCGAACGCCAGCAGCAACGGGCAGGCCGGGUACAGCCAGCCGGGGCGCCACUCGGUGUCGGUCGAGGUUCAGAUGCAGAGGCAGCGGCAGGAGGAGAGAGACUUGUUCGCCCAGGCUCAGCGGCAGUACAGCUCCCUGCCACGGCAACCCAGGAAGAACCCCAGCUCCAUCUCCCAGGACUCGUGGGAUAAGGCGUACCCGCCUGGCGAGGUCUUCCAGACGGCAAAGGACAACCCCCGGUACUCGAGCUACCAGGGCACCAGGAACGGCUACCCGGGCGGCGGCGGGGUCAACGCCAGGGUCCUCCUGGAGGCCCAGGAGCUGCUGAGGCAGGAGCAGAGGCGCCGAGAGCAGGAAGCCAAAGGGAAGCUGACGCAGGAGAGCAUCGGCCACAGCAGCUAUGAGGGGUACCCUACACUGCGCCUGAAGGACCCGGCUUCCCCCAAGGGUCCGUACCGCCAUGACGUACCGCCGUCGCCCUCGCAGUUGGCGAGGCUGAAUAGAAUCGGGUCGGAGAAAGGAAGACUUUUUUAUUCUUGAGGAGUAUUGUUGGACUGAUGGAUGAAGAGCUGAACGAAGAACUUGUGCUACAUGGAGCUACGGGGAUUAUCUUAAAGAAAGGACGCGACAAUCCUUGACGAAGGGACAACCUAGAGGUCUUAUAGCUUAGCGACGUUCCUAGUGGUAACCAGAUGUGAAGUGCACUCAGUACGUGUUCAAUCCCCCGCCGUGCCGAUGACCUAUAGGCAGUCAGUCGCUCGCCCUCCUCCAGAAACGAGACGCUCGGAGCCUUCUCCGCGUUAGCGAAACACGACGCGUGUUCACAGUCGUCCGGGGACUCUGAUUCAUCGAGAACUGGCGCCGUCAUGUUCCGACAAUCAAGCGGGCAGACCGGCGAGCGAGUGGGCGUUCUUCUGAGCCCAUGGGGAGGGCGUCACUUUCUGUGUGGGUUUUGUGUGUGGGCAUGUGUCAAGGUACAUGUUUCACUAACAGGCAUUCGUGUCGUGGCUUUAAAAAAAGAGAGAGAGAGAGAGAGAGAGAGAAGAAGAAAAAAAACAACAACAACAAGUGUCCCCGCAUGGCGACUCGUGCCAUCGGUCACAACCCCCGAACGUUGCCGGCGUUUCUCUGCAUUCUGUUUUCUCCACUUUGCAGUGUUUCCUCCUCACUCGACUACUCCCCGGGGAGAAGAGAAAACGCAGCAGGAAUGUACGAAAAGAAGCGUGGGGGCGCCGUGUGCGCGUUAUUAAUAAAGAAAAGCCCCCCCUCAUAAAUGAUUCAUAUCGUGUGUUAUCUCCGUGGAGGAGACCCAGGCGGAGGGGGUAGACAGCUCUG